GUUUAUGGCAGCUAGAGGUUCUGCAGAUGUGCUGCGUCAGUUCCUGUGAGGCAGGCGAGUUUAGGCAGCUGUGUGAAGCUCUCAGUUCCGGUGCGAAUCUGUUUACCAGCAGCAGCUCGGACCGUGGAGUCGGUAUUGUCUGAAAGAUGGAAGCCGCGUCUGCCUACGAUAGAUCGAGAGAUGAUGAGAAGAAGGAGAAUGGCCCCUACUCAGCUGCCGAGCAGGACAACCACUCCAAACCCACAGAUCUGUCUGAGCUCCUGAAAGAAGGGACGAAAGAGUCGCACGAGAAGGCAGAGAACACCAAGUUCGUUAAGGAUUUCCUGAAGGGUCGGAUCAGGCGGGAGCUCUUUAAGCUGGCCACGGCUGCUCUGUACUUCACCUACUCGGCCAUGGAGGAAGAGCUGGACCGUAAUAAAGAGGACCCCGCCAUUGCACCCCUGUACUUCCCGCAGGAGCUGCACCGGAAGGAGGCUCUGAUUAAAGAUCUCUGCUACUUCUUCGGGGACGACUGGGAGGACACCGUCCGGUGCUCCGACGCCACCAAGGCCUACGUGGAGCGCAUCCGCCACCUCGGACAGCACAGACCCGAGCUGCUGGUGGCCCACGCUUACACGCGGUAUAUGGGAGACCUGUCUGGUGGCCAGGUGUUAAAGAAGGUAGCCCAGAGGGCUCUGCACCUCCCCAGCAACGGAGACGGGGUGCAGUUCUACGUGUUUGACAAUGUCACCAACGCCCAGCAGUUCAAACAGCUGUACAGAGCUCGGCUCAACACCCUGGACGUGGACGCCGAGACCAAGGAGGGCAUUGUGGAGGAGGCCAACCGAGCCUUCCAGUUUAAUAUGAAGGUAUUCGAGGAGUUGGAUAAAAUCGGUGCCACGCUUCCUGAGGAGGAGCAAGACGGCACCCUCCCGGUGCAUGAUGGGAAGGGAGAUAUCAGCAAGUGCCCGUAUUACGCUGCGAAGCAAGGUCUGGAAAGCGCUUCCGGUUGUCCGCUCCAUGCGGCGAUGGCUCUUGCCAGACUUCCCCAAGUGCAGGCUAUGCUGGCUGCAUGCGCGACCGCCCUGGCUGCCGCCAUCGCUUGGUACUUGAUGUGACCGAUUCCAUCGUUGCCUGGAUGGAGUGUAAGGCAGAGGAUACCCCGCUCUUGGGGUGUCCAAAAACCGCGAGACUGUGCCCCCCACUCUCAGGAUGGAAGAAAACACGUCUCAGAAGGGUAGAUUUUAACCGGUUAGGUACAGAAUAGAUGGUCCUUUUAGCGUUUAUAUUCCCAGAAUUCCACAGGAGAGACUCCACUGAUUCGCUGGAAGCCACGUAAAGCUUUCUCUGGUUCAAUGCCGGGAAAUUUCCUAUACUGAUCGUGAACGUGGCUUCUCACGUGGCUUUCCUGCCACGUCCGUGCUGCUUUUGGCUAAAUGCCUGCUCUUUCUGUAGGGUCU